AUGGACUCUGAUACUACCUCGAAGGAUCAGAAUAGCUUCCUUGAACAGGCUAUUGAGCCACUCAUGGUCGAAGCCAAGACUAUUCCGCUCAAAGGGAUAGGCCUGGUAGCCCUCCAGGACAUACCUCAAGGGGCUCUAAUUCUCCAAGAGAAGCCUCUAUUAGUAACCAAACCUGGAGCACCUGGUACACUAGAGGCUUUCUUAUCGUCAGAGCUAAAAAAGCUGGACAAAGCAAGCCAACGCCAAUUCUUGUCCCUUCAUAACAACUUUCCCGGAAAGUAUCCCUUUGCUGGCAUUAUGAAGACGAAUGCUCUGCCGUGUGGCUCUGGCUCUGAGAUCGGGGCUGUUUAUCCUACUAUAUGUCGCAUCAAUCACAGCUGCCUCCCCAACAGCCAAAAUACAUGGAAUAGUGACACCAAAAUCGAAACUAUUUUCGCCAUCAGACCAAUCUAUUGCGGAGAAGAGAUUACAAUCUCAUAUGACAAGGGCGGCCCAUCUGCGGUCCGGCAAGCUUCCUUGAAGCAGUCAUUUGGCUUCCAGUGUAGCUGUGUCGUCUGUUCGCAGCCACCGGACAUGCUUCGGGAAAGUGACGCUCGUCGUUCACGAAUCCAACAACUCGAUAGUCAAAUUGGGGACCCUUUUCAGAUGUUGAAGAGCCCCGAGAAAAGCCUCAAAGAUUGCCAUUCGCUGCUACAACUCCUAAAAGCCGAAUAUCGGGGUUAUCCCGGGGCUCUCGCUGCACGGCUUUACUACGAUGCCUCUCAAAUUAGUAUCGCGCACGGUGACAAAGCGAGAGCAAGUAUUUUUGCGGAGAAAUCGUAUGAAGCGAGGCUCAUGUGCGAGGGCGGCGAAACGCCCGAGGCGAAGAAGGUCAAGAUGCUUGCAACGAAUCCAUCAAACCAUAGGAGCUUCAUGGUAUGUUCUUCCAAAUGGAAGAAUACGAAGAAGGAGAAAUUUGGAGAAGCUGAUAAUGAGGCUUUUGAGCGCUGGCUGUUUCGCAUUUCGAGCUAA